UUCCUUUUUUUCGGUGUCUUUAGGGUCAUUGGAAGCUGUCAGCCAUGGAGCAGCCUGCGCCUAAGAGCAAGCUCAAAAAGCUGAGUGAAGACAGCUUGACUAAACAGCCAGAAGAGGUCUUUGAUGUUUUAGAAAAGCUUGGCGAAGGCUCAUAUGGCAGCGUUUUUAAGGCCAUACACAAAGAAUCAGGGCAAGUUGUAGCAAUCAAACAAGUUCCUGUUGAAUCUGACCUUCAAGAAAUUAUUAAAGAAAUUUCCAUUAUGCAGCAAUGUGACAGCCAUUAUGUUGUCAAGUAUUAUGGCAGCUACUUUAAAAACACUGACCUGUGGAUAGUAAUGGAGUAUUGCGGAGCUGGCUCUGUAUCUGACAUUAUACGCUUACGGAACAAAACGUUAACAGAAGAUGAAAUUGCAACAAUACUGCGAUCAACAUUAAAAGGGCUUGAAUAUUUACAUUUUAUGAGAAAGAUCCACAGGGAUAUAAAAGCUGGAAAUAUCCUUCUGAACACUGAAGGUCAUGCAAAACUUGCAGAUUUUGGAGUUGCUGGCCAGCUGACGGAUACAAUGGCAAAGCGCAAUACUGUGAUCGGAACACCUUUCUGGAUGGCCCCUGAAGUAAUACAAGAAAUAGGCUACAAUUGUGUUGCUGAUAUUUGGUCUCUUGGCAUUACCUCUAUAGAAAUGGCAGAAGGAAAACCGCCGUAUGCAGACAUACAUCCAAUGAGGGCAAUCUUCAUGAUCCCCACAAAUCCCCCUCCCACAUUCAGAAAACCUGAGCUGUGGACAGAUGAAUUCACAGAUUUUGUAAAGAAAUGUUUGGUGAAAAAUCCAGAGCAGAGAGCAACAGCCACUCAACUCUUACAGCACCCCUUUAUCAAGAAUGCUAAACCUGUGUCAAUUCUGCGAGACCUGAUCACUGAAGCCAUGGAUAUCAAAGCAAAAAGACAUGAAGAACUACAGAGAGAGCUUGAAGAGGAAGAUGAAAACUCAGAAGAAGAUGAGCUUGAUUCUCACACGAUGGUUAAAACGAAUUCAGAGAGUGCAGGCACCAUGAGAGCCGCCAGCACAAUGAGUGAAGGUGCACAAACGAUGAUUGAACACAAUAGUACAAUGCUGGAAUCUGACUUGGGUACCAUGGUUAUAAACAGUGAUGAUGAAGAAGAAGAGGAAGAAGAAGACGGAACCAUGAAAAGAAAUGCAACUUCCCCCCAAGGACCACGGCCAUCUUUUAUGGAUUAUUUUGAUAAACAAGACUCGAAAAACAAACCUCACGAUAACUGCAACCAGAAUCUGCACGAACAGUACCACAUAUCUAAAAAUGUGUUUCCUGACAACUGGAAGGUUCCACCUGAUGGGGAUUUUGACUUUUUAAAAAACUUAAGCUUUGAGGAGCUGCAGAUGAGAUUAAAAGCUCUGGACCCCAUGAUGGAGCGAGAGAUCGAAGACCUGAGACAGAGGUACAAUGCAAAGAGGCAACCCAUCCUAGAUGCGAUGGAUGCCAAGAAGAGACGGCAGCAGAACUUCUGAGGAGCACUUACAGACUCCACUCCUUCAUUACAUUUGGACACAUGCAAUUUCUUGAACUCCUGAAGGAAAACAACGGUCCCAUCAUGCAGUUAUGUUCUUUUUUUCAGCUUUACCCAAUGACACAGUAGUUGACAAUGUGACUCUAUUGCUCUGCUCAUAAUUUUCCAGUUCAACGUAAGCAGUGUUUGACUUGGUUGUGUUUUAAUUUGUCCUUGGUUAAGCUGCACUGGGCUGUGGAUUGGAGUGUGUGUCCUUAAACAGGAGUUGUUUUUUAUCGUUUGCUUCUUUUUCUCUUUUGCCGACCAAUUUCUCUGGGCCAGUAAACCGCAUUGCUCCUCUGCUACUGAAGCCGAGCUUCAGCACUGUAUCCACUUAGUUUCAGGUAUCUGGAUAGUUCCAGUUGGGGUAGAUCUGAACAACCCUUAAUUAACAUACACCGUGAGCUUGACUCCUUCAUGCAUCUAAAGACAGCCGUCGGCUCAUUGCUUUGAUAAACCCGUACAUAUCUUUCAGGGACAUAUGUAAGCACCUUCGGUUAAUUGCAAUUUGCCUUAAAAUGACACAUAUCUAUUUAUUAAUUUCUGUUACAUGACAUUGUGAAACUCAUUAAUGACCAAAACACAUUGUGUGCUUGCAAUCAUAUUCAGCUUCUACAGACAUAAUUCAGGUUUCUUCUGAGAUAUGUCAACAGUAGGUGUAUGUGUUUUGUACAGUUAAUACUUUGUGGGGAAGCUUUGACCACUUCACUAUUCUAUGUUCCACAACAUUCAAGAAUUCCCAUAAAGAAAAGGUCUUCUUUCCUAUAAAGAAGGUCUUUAUGAUGAUGCUGAGACCUUCUGUUGAGCUGUGCUUGCAUGCAAAGUCCUACAGGUAUGGCAGUUAUUGGCAACGGGAUGGGGGAUUAUCCAGUAGUUGGUUAUACAAGAAAUAGAAAGGAAAUUUAGGCUUAGUGUGAUAAACCAACGUGCCCCGUGCAGCAUUUAAAACUUUUUAACGUCCCUACCAUCUGAGGACUGCAUUGAGAUAUUGGUUGUUGUCACAGACUGGGAUAUUAUUUUAUACCAUUAUUUUAUGUAGAAUGUUCUUUUUACUUGGGCUGAGCAAAACAUGGCUCUUGUGUGAAA